GAUAAAUCGCGACAUCUCGUCCUCAUGCUCGCGUCUAGAGGAUAAAAUUGAGCACAAGGAUCUCCGACUAUGAACAACUUUCCGCCGACACCUGCGCAGUGGCAGGAGGCGCGUGCUCCAGAUGGCCGCACCUACUACUACAACGCAGUCACGAAGGAAACAACAUGGACGAAGCCGGCAGAGAUCAUGACGCCUCUAGAGAAGGCGCUCGCGUCCCAACCAUGGAAGGAAUACUCCACCCCCGAAGGCCGGAAGUAUUACUACAAUCCCGAGUCAAAGCAAACAGUUUGGGAGAUGCCUGCAGAAUAUCGUGAGGCUCUCAGUUCUGUUCAACUUCCUCCUAAACCUGCGCAGCCCGCUCCAGCCUUUGUCGCAGGCGGCAGUACCGCCCUCACAUCCUACUCAACCCCUCGCGAUGCCGGUACACCGUUUGAUUCGAGGGCGCGCAACGAUGGUAUCCAACUGCCGGUCACGAAAGAGGUGGUGCCAGAUUACUCCAGCUUCGAGGAGGCAGAAGCAGCCUUUAUGAAACUCCUGCGCCGUUCCAACGUGCAGCCUGAAUGGACUUGGGAACAGACGAUGAAAGCGACCAUCAAGGACCCGCAGUACCGAGCGUUGAAGGACCCAAAGGACAGAAAGGCAGCCUUUGAGAAGUUUGCAGUCGAGGUUCGGCAACAAGAACGAGAAAAGGCCAAGGAGAGACUGGCUAAGCUACGCACAGAUUUCAGCAACAUGUUGAAAACGCAUCCGGAAAUCAAACAUUACAGUCGGUGGAAGACGAUACGGCCGAUUAUCGUAGGAGAAACCGUCUUUCGAUCUACCGACGACGAAGAGGAGCGCAAGCAGUUGUUCGAGGAGUACAUCGUAGAGCUCAAGAAACAGCAUCUCGAGCAACAGGCUGCGAACCGAAAAUCUGCCCUGGACGACCUCGUCGCCAUACUCAAAGCUCUUGACCUUGAGCCGUACACCAGAUGGUCUCAGGCACAGGAGAUACUUGAACAGAACGAAAGAAUCAAAAGCGAUGAGAGGUAUAAACUUCUGAGUAAGUCAGAUGUCUUGACGGCCUUUGAGAACCAUAUCAAAUCACUGGAAAGAAGUUUCAAUGAUGCGCGUCAACAGCAGAAAUCCAGCAAAGCUCGGCGUGAGCGACAGAACCGGGAUCGAUUCAUUGAACUACUUCAGAGCUUGCGAAGCCAAGGCAAGAUCAAGGCCGGCACAAAAUGGAUGAACAUACUACCAUCAAUUGAGGAAGACCCCAGGUAUGUUGCAAUGCUGGGUCAGGCUGGGUCAACGCCGUUGGACUUGUUUUGGGAUGUCCUCGAAGAAGAGGAACGAGCUCUUCGUGGGCGAAGGAAUGAUGUCUAUGAUGUUCUCGAGGACCAACGCUAUGAAGUUACACCAAAGACUUCCUUCGACGAGUUUCUUGAUAUCAUGCAUACUGAUCGAAGAACAGCGAGUAUCGACCGGGAUGCUCUUGAGCUCAUAUUCCAGCGCUUACAUGAGAAGGUCACCAAGCGGAGCGAAGACGAAAAACACGCUGCUGGUCGUCAUCAACGUCACGCGGUCGAUGCUCUCCGCUCGCGAAUCAAACAUCUCGACCCUCCCGUUCGCAUUGCUGAUACCUGGGAGACAGUCAAGCUUCGGGUUGAAAAGACUGCUGAGUAUCAGGCGGUCGAGAGCGAUGACUUGCGGAAGUCUGCGUACGAGAAGGUUAUCAAGCGCCUGAAGGAAAAGGAGGAGGAUGUGGAUAGGGACCGUGAACGCAGACAUUCAAGACGUGAAGAAGAUCGUGACCGCCGUAACGGCCAUCGCGGCGAAGCCAGACACGGACGAGCAUCGAGAUCACCCGAGCCUGACGCCUACGAAGCCGACCGCCGCAAAGCCAUGGCUGCCAGGGAGAAACAAUACCGCAAGACCAGCUCUCUAGGUCUGAGUCCACCUCCCUCGUCUUACCGUGAUCGUGAGAGACGCGAGAGGGAUGAAAGACACGGCCGUCUCGACCGUGAUCGCAGUCCACCUUCUCGACACAUGAGCACGUACGAUCGCGAACGCCGUGAUCGUGAGGAAGAAAGAGAGCGCCUGUAUCGAUCGCGAGCGGAUCCUCGCAGUAGUCGAGAUGAAUUGAACUAUGGCGAGGAGUCCAAAAGUGUGGCUGGAAGUGAACGAAGACGACGCCGAGGCGACGGUAGCGAUGCCGAAAGCGUUGAGAGUGGCCGUCGAAGUGCAAAGCGGUCUCGCCGUGAGACUGUUACGUCUCGGGAGAAAGCUAAGAGCAAGACACCCGAGCCUGUAAAGUCAGAGCAAGAUGCUGAGCCAAUUGGCGUGCACUCUGGCAGCGAGGAGGGAGAGAUAGAAGAAGACUAGAUUUGUUGUGGACGGGUUUGAUUUCACUCAAGGUUAGUCGACCGUGGCAUCAUCCUUCUCCGCGGUGGCCAUAAUCUCAAGCUUGAGCUGAAGGUAGAUCAGUGGAAAGACCGAAUCCUCUCCUAUUCGACCGCGUUGCGGUUGAGUCGUGAGGAUAGAUAUUUUGCUUGGAGACGAACGGCGAGGUCUUUCAAAACUUGGCUUCUUCGGUAUGUAGCGUCCACUUACCGAUUCUAAUUUCUCAAUUGCAGCAAUCUUUCAACUUGUCG